UUAUUGUUAUAAGAGGAGAGUUAUAUUAAUGAAGAACCAAGACUAAUGUUCAUUAUUAGUGAAGAAAGAGGCGGGAAGCUGCAAGUGUCACCACUACUGUCACUCUACUACCUUAUAACAGAAAAUAGCAAUGAAGUGUACCAUUCCAGAAAUCUCAUGGCAUAACAGAGACCCAGUGUUGGCCCUAGAUAUACAACCUAACUCCCAAGAUGGAAUUUACCGUCUAGCUACAGCUGGGACAGAUACGCACAUUGUGAUAUGGCAGUUGCAUCUGUUGGACAAUGGAGGAGUUAGUGUAGAAGCACUAAGUGACCUUACAAGACACACUCGUGCAGUUAAUGCUGUCAGGUUUUCACCUGAUGGAGAGUUUUUGGCCUCGGCUGAUGAUGAAUCUGCUGUUAUCCUGUGGAAGAAGCAAGAUUCUUCUAGCAAUGCUGAUAUAUUUGUGGAUGAUUUAGAAAAGGAGAACAAAGAGUACUGGACUGUUGCAAAGAUGCUUAGAGGCCAUUUAGAAGUGUCUUGUAUCUGGUCCAAAGUGCCCCCCAGUUUCUUAUUACGGUCUGUAGACAAACGCAUUAUUUGGGAUGUUGAAAAAGGUAGAAAUAUUUGCUUGUUGAGUGACCACAAAGGCUUUGUGCAAGGUGUAGCUUGGGACCCUCUGGGACAGUAUGUUGCUACUCUUUGUUCAGACAGAUAUUGUAGAAUAUAUAACAUCAGUACCAAGAAAAUAGUGCACAGAAUUCACAAAACAUCUUUGCCAACACUAGAUGCUGAAGACAAUGUUACAGAAAAGUCUACAAGAUUAUUCUACGAUGACACACUGAAGUCCUUCUGCCGCCGGCUCAGUUUCUCACCAGACGGGGAGCUCCUAGUGACACCCUCUGGCAUUGUAGAAGACGAUAAUGGAAAAAUAACUAAUGUCGCCUACGUGUUUUCUCGCCAUGCUCUCUCCAAGCCUGUACUUUAUCUUCCCACUAAAGAUAAAUACACAUUAGCUGUGAGAUUCUGUCCAAUUCUGUUCGAGUUGAAGCCCAUACCACGUGAAGAUGAACCACUAAAUGAUGAGCCUCGAGAACAAUGGCAGGAAUACUCGAACUUGUUUAAUUUGCCUUAUAGGAUGAUAUUUGCUGUUGCUACUCAGAAUGCAGUUCUACUCUAUGAUACUCAGCAGCCGGUUCCCUUUGCUAAAGUUUCCAAUAUUCACUACACUCGACUCAGUGAUGUAACCUGGUCCCCAGAUGGUCGCAUCCUUGUCGUUUCCUCAACUGAUGGUUAUUGUUCCUUAAUGUCCUUUUCUAAAGAUGAACUUGGAAUUCCAUACAGAGAAAAAAUUAAAGAAAAUAUAAAAGAGAAUGUAGACUCUAGUGCAUUAAAUUCAGAGGAUCCACCACCAGCUUCAGUACCCAUGACUGAAUCAACAACAGCAGCAGCAACAGUUGACAAGGAGAAGUCAUCUUGCCAGGUUAUAAAGAAGCCCAUGACUGUGAGGAGAGCUGGGGAAAGCUCCAAGCCAGGGAAGAGAGUAACACUGAUAACUCUCUCAAGUAAAUCCCUCAAGAACGAAGAAAACUUAACCAGUCACAAUUUAGAGUCGGCGCAGCCUUCCCAUGAUACUCAGGGAGAAUUAAUGGAUGUUGAUGAUGAAAUAAAGAAGAAAUUUGAAGGGGAUGUCAAAAGUCCCAGCAAGACCUUGAGAGAUGAUUCUCCUGCUAAGACACCUGCUGCUGCUUCUGCUGGCUUCAAGACACCUCGACGUGUGCCACUCAUUACCUUGUCAAGUCCUAAAGGAAAGAAAAGUGCAACAAAUGAGCUUAGAUGAAAUUCUAAUGAAAAUCUGCUGUUCUGUCAGCUUAUAGAAAGAAUUUUUAGUAAAAUAUAAUUUUAUUGUCCUAGGUAGUAGGUUGAUAGACGGUAACCGCCCAGGGAGGUACUACCAUCCUGGCAAGUGAGUGUACAACGAAAGCCUGUAAUUGUUUUACAUCAUGGUAGGAUUGCUGGUGUCUUUUUUCUGUCUCUUAAACAUGCAAGAUUUCGGGUACGUCUUGCUACUACUACUUACACUUAGGUCACACUACACAUGCAUGUACAAGCAUUUAUAUACACACACCCCUCUAGGUUUUCUUCCUUUUUCUUACUAGUUCUUGUUCUUGUUUAUUUCCUAUCUCCAUGGGAAAGUGGAAUAGAAUUAUUCCUCCUUAAGCCAUGCGUGUUGUAAGAGGCGACUAAAAUGCUGGGAGCAAGGGACUAGUAACGCCUUCUCUUGUAUGCUUUUGUUUUUCUUUUCGGGCCACUCUGCUUCGGUGGGAUAUGGCCGCUUUGUUGAAAGAAGAAGAAUGUACAUACUCAGAUUUUUUAAGGGAUUUACUUUUUUUUGGGCUACAUUUUCUUGAAUUUUUUAUUUUGGUGUAUGUGUGCACAUGCAUGCAUGUGUGUGUGUGUGUGUGUGUAUUUUUAUAUAUAUAUGUAUGUGUGUGUGUGUGUACAGUAAACCAUCAAAUACGGGAAAAAUAGGAAUACGUUCCUUGGACCCCACAAAAACUACAAAACUUUUUUUAUUUUUUUGCCUCCAAAUUCUAAAAAAAAGAUGUAAUUGUAGCUGGUUAUUGUGAUGUAUUAUGCUGAAUGCAUUGCUUAAGGUUACGUAUGUUGCAUAAAUAAUAUUUCUUACUUUAAAUUAUGGUUGCUAGUGUAUGUUGAUGACUCUGAACAGAGUGGAGAGGUAUGGUGAGGUGGAAGGUUGUGGAUUGUUUGCUGAGGUGGAAGAUUGAAGCUCUUUCACUAAAGUCGAUGGUUGUACUAGAGUAGUGAGAAGUUCUGUGAUGUAUCUUUGGUCUCUUACACUGCAGUACUUUAUGCUGCUGGAGCAUCAUCAGCCACUCUAGGCCCAGUUUCAGAACAAUGUUUCUAGAUGUGUCAGGGUCAUCUUCAGUGAAAAAGUCUACAACUUAACCAAUAAUGUGGAAUUGCUCACAUAACUGUUACAAUUUUUAACUGCAUUUCUUAAGGUCCUUCUUCCUGUGUUAUCUACCUCCCAUGUAUCUGUGCAUUGAGCUCUGUCAACAUUUCCUCAGGACUUCUGUUUUCAUCAUCAUCAUUUUGCAUAUCCUCAAAACCAUCACCUGGUAAUCACCUUGCCAGGUUAACUAUUUACUGCACCUGACUCUUAA